CAGAAAUGGCCAAUUUUUAGUGAAACCUAUAUGCUCUGAUUACCUGUGUGUAACGAGUACGAGCAACAAUAUAACAUGUAAAUGUUUUUUUUUUAUGCUACACGAAUUUCUUGAAUUUCCAAUUCGAGCGAAACGUAUUUUGUUGAGCUUAAAAGACUGAAGUCUGAUUAGUCGCCAUUAAAACCAUUCUUACAGUAAAGGCCGGACGACGAAACUUAAAAAAUGGUUUAUUUUCUAAAUGGUACCUUAACUAUUUCGGAGGAUCCCGUCCAGCUGCCACUCGUAGGGAGUCCUUGGCCCUCGCUGACCAUUGCCUUCAUCUACCUACUCUUUGUGCUGAAGGUGGGAAGAAAGUUUAUGGAAAAUCGAAAGCCUUUCGAUCUCCGAGGAGUGAUCAAGGUUUACAAUAUCGUGCAGAUACUGUACAAUAGCAUAGCUUUGCUCUACGGCUUAUACUUUCUGUUCGUUUUGAAGGCUUACGACCUUAGUUGCGUCACCAGACUGCCGCUGGAUCACGAGUACAAGAGCUGGGAGCGAUGGAUAACCUACUCGUAUUUCUUCAACAAAUACAUGGAUCUGCUGGAGACGGUCUUCUUUGUGCUGCGAAAGAAGUAUCGGCAGAUCUCCUUCCUGCACGUCUUCCACCACUUGGUGAUGUCCUUCGGCGGAUACAUAUACCUCACCUUCAGCGGGUAUGGCGGCCCCUAUUUCCCGUCUUGCCUCCUCAAUGUGGCCGUGCAUGUGCUCAUGUACUCCUACUACUACAUCUCUUCCGUCAACAAGGAUGUGCAGUCGAGUUCGUGGAAGAAGUACAUCACCAUUGUCCAGAUGGUCCAGUUUAUCCUGAAUCUCUCAAGCUUUAUCUACACCCUGAUGCAGCCCAACUGCAAUACCUCCCGGCCAGUGGUAUAUUCGGGCUUGUUCGUUUCCAUGGCUUUCUUCCUGAUGUUUGGAAACUUCUACGUCCAUGCCUACGUAAUGCCCGGCAAAAAGAAGACGGACCAGAAAGUCCACAUUAGCCAAGCAUGGUUAUUGUUGGUCAUUCUUCAGACUGCCAACAUGCUAACCGCAGAUCCUGUAAAACUGCCAAUAUUUAGCAGUCCAUGGGUUGCUCUGGGUACUCUAACGACUUAUCUGCUAUUUGUCCUCAAGGUGGGUCCGAAAAUCAUGGAGAACCGAAAGCCUUUUGAUCUGCGUGGCGUUAUAAAGGUCUACAAUGUUGCGCAGAUCUUGUACAACGCUGUGAUGUUGGUAUUGGGAGCACACUUCCUGUUUGUCUUAAGGGCCUACAACAUAAGCUGCGUUGUCAAGCUGCCGUUGGACCACGAGCACAAGGAUAGGGAGCGCAUGAUCUGCAGCUUGUAUAUGGUCAACAAAUUCGUGGAUCUGAUAGAAACGGUGUUCUUUGUGCUGCGCAAGAAGAACAGGCAGAUAUCCUUUCUGCACGUCUUCCACCAUUUGUCCAUGGCUUUAUCCGGGUACCUGUACUCUUACUUCAUCGGAUAUGGUGGCAUGCCGUUUCCGAUGUGCUUUCUGAACGUGGCCGUGCACGUGGUUAUGUACACCUACUAUUACCUCUCCUCGGUCAGCCAGGAAGUGCAGAGGAGUUUGUGGUGGAAGAAGUACAUCACCAUUAUCCAGCUGCUCCAGUUCGCGCUAAUCAUGUCCCACUGCCUCUACACCCUGAUGCAGCCCAACUGCAAUGCCCCCCGACUAUUGACCUCUGGAAUAGCACUUCUGACUGCCUCCUUUACGGCGAUGUUCAGCCACUUCUAUUUACACACUUACAUUCUAUCCGGAAAAAAGGAACGGUUGAAAACAGCCCAAUGAAUUUUGUAUUUCUUUUAAAAAAAACCUCAAACCUCAAUAAAGCCUGAAGCAUUAACUAAUCCUUUUUAAACAGA